AGUUCAUCAUCGGGAACGCGCGCGUGGAGAACUGCGCCGUGAUCUACUGCAACGAGGGCUUCUGCCGGCUCUGCGGGUACUCGCGGGCCGAGGUGAUGCAGCAGCCCAGCACCUGCGACUUCCUGCACGGGCCGCGCACCCAGCGCCGCGCCGCCGCGCAGAUCGCCCAGGCGCUGCUGGGCGCCGAGGAGCGCAAGGUGGAGAUCUGCUUCUACCGCAAGGAUGGCAGCUCCUUCCCGUGCCUGGUGGACGUGGUGCCAGUGAAGAACGAGGAUGGCACCGUCAUCAUGUUCAUCCUCAACUUCGAGGCCGUGAGGGAGCCUGAGCCCGGGGAGGCCCCGACCCCCAGCACCAACCACUGGGUCACCCCGGCCCCCUGGGGCCCUGCAGGCCGCAGCCGCUCCCUGCGGCUGAAGCUGCUGGCGCUCACGGGCAGCCGCCAGUCGCUGCCCCCCGAGCCCCCGGAGCCGCCGGACGUGGUGGUCGUGGACCCGGGGGUCACGGACCCGCUGCCCACGGAGCCCGCCCUGCCUGCCGGCGACUCGGGCCCUGAGGACGCCUCCUCGUCGCUGGAGCCCGGCGCUGGGGACCGUCCCGAGGACGAGGCGGCGCUGAUGGGGGACCCCGAGCCCCCGGUGACGGAGUCGUCCCCGCGGGCCGAGCGCCUGGCGCUGGCCUUCGCCAACCACAGCCUGGCCCGGAGCCGGUCCCGGGAGCGCCGGUCCCGGGAGAGCCUCCGCAGCCUCCGCCGCGCCUCGUCCGUCGAUGACAUCGAGGCCAUGAAGGGGGACGGGGACAAGCGCUGCCACAGCCGCCACGCCAGCGCCAGCGCCGGCCUGCACCGCGGCUCCAGCACCGGCGCGGUGGCCGCCGUGCGCAGCGCGCUGCUCAACUCCACGUCGGACUCGGACCUGGCGCGGUUCCGGGCCAUCGGCCGCAUCCCCCAGAUCACCCUCAACUUCAUGGACCUGCAGCCGGGGGGGCUCCUGGCCCCGGCCCCGGCCCCCCGCCCCAUCAUUGCCCCCACCAAACUGCGCGACCGCACCCACAACGUCACCGAGAAGGUGACACAGGUGCUGUCCCUGGGUGCCGACGUGCUGCCCGAGUACAAGCUGCAGGCGCCGCGCAUCCACCGAUGGACCAUCCUGCACUACAGCCCCUUCAAGGCCGUGUGGGACUGGCUGAUCCUGCUGCUGGUCAUCUACACGGCCAUCUUCACGCCCUACUCGGCCGCCUUCCUGCUCAGCGACUCCGAGGAGGCGCAGCGCCACCACUGCGGCUACUCCUGCAGCCCGCUCAACGUGGUGGACCUCAUCGUGGACAUCAUGUUCAUCAUCGACAUCCUCAUCAACUUCCGCACCACCUACGUCAACUCCAACGAGGAGGUGGUCAGCCACCCCGCCAAGAUCGCCAUCCACUACUUCAAGGGCUGGUUCCUCAUCGACAUGGUGGCCGCCAUCCCCUUCGACCUGCUCAUCUUCGGCUCCGGCUCCGAGGAGACCACGACGCUGAUCGGGCUGCUGAAGACGGCGCGGCUGCUGCGGCUGGUGCGCGUGGCGCGGAAGCUGGACCGCUACUCGGAGUACGGCGCGGCCGUGCUGUUCCUGCUCAUGUGCACCUUCGCCCUGAUCGCCCACUGGCUGGCCUGCAUCUGGUACGCCAUCGGCAACGUGGAGGGGCAGCGCACGGGCUGGCUGCACGCCCUGGGACAGCAGAUCGGCAAGCCCCUGAACGGCAGCUUCGGGCCCUCCAUCAAGGACAAGUACGUCACCGCGCUCUACUUCACCUUCAGCAGCCUCACCAGCGUGGGCUUCGGCAACGUGUCCCCCAACACCAACUCCGAGAAGAUCUUCUCCAUCUGCGUCAUGCUCAUCGGAUCGCUGAUGUACGCCAGCAUCUUCGGGAACGUGUCGGCCAUCAUCCAGCGGCUGUACUCGGGCACGGCGCGCUACCACACGCAGAUGCUGCGCGUGCGCGAGUUCAUCCGCUUCCACCAGAUCCCCAACCCGCUGCGCCAGCGCCUCGAGGAGUACUUCCAGCACGCCUGGUCCUACACCAACGGCAUCGACAUGAACGCGGUGCUGAAGGGGUUCCCCGAGUGCCUGCAGGCCGACAUCUGCCUGCACCUGAACCGCAGCCUGCUGCAGAACUGCGCCCCGUUCCGCGGCGCCACCAAGGGCUGCCUGCGGGCGCUGGCCAUGAAGUUCAAGACCACCCACGCCCCCCCCGGGGACACGCUGGUGCACGCCGGGGACGUGCUCACCGCGCUCUACUUCAUCUCCCGCGGCUCCAUCGAGAUCCUGCGCGGCGACGUGGUGGUCGCCAUCCUGGGUAAGAACGACACCUUCGGGGAGCCGCUGCACCUGCACGCCCGGCCCGGCAAGUCGCGGGCGGACGUUCGGGCGCUCACCUACUGCGACCUGCACAAGAUCCUGCGCGAGGACCUGCUCGAGGUGCUCGACAUGUACCCCGAGUUCUCCGACCGCUUCUGGGGCACCCUCGAGAUCACCUUCAACCUGCGCGACACCAACAUGAUCCCCGGCUCCCCGGGCAGCGACGAGCUGGACGCGGGCUUCUCCCGGCUCCGGCGCCGCAAGCUGUCCUUCCGCCGGCGCCCCGAGAAAGAUGCUGCCAGCCCCGGGGAAUCCCGGGCGCUGCGGGGGGACGGCGGGGGGGGCCAAGCCCCCGGAGCCCCCCGAGGCCCGGCCGAGUGGGACCCCCCCAGCCCCUCCAGCUGCGCCUCCAGUGACGAGGAGGAGCCCCCCGCGCCCCCUCCGGGGGCCACCGCGCUGUCCCCGUUCCGCAGCGCCCCCCCGGCUCCCCCCGAGCCCGAGGAGCGAGAGGGCAGCGAUAUGUGCAACCCCCUCUCAGGGUUCUAG